CGGACCGGAAGUAAGCUGACAAAUCCGGACACCUCCGGCCCCUUUUUGUCCCGGAGCCGCGGGAGACUCGUGGUAUUGAAAUCCACCAGCGAACAGAUGAUAGCACGAAUACACGCCUAAUUUCGCCGCAUCGAAUUAUGUAUUAAUCAUCUAUUCCUAGUUUGUUAUUGGGGCGAUACCAUGACGCCCAGACCAUCCCCCUGACUAUAAAGUUUCCAGGUAGAAAAAUGUAAGCCCCUAAGUUAAAAAAAAAAAAAAAAUAAGGCGCCGAGAAAUAUGCCCGUAAUCACCGUCUUACGUGGGUUUAAAAUCCACUACUCCGUACUUGAUGCCUUCCUCCGGACAAACGGGGUCAAUCAAACUCACGGGUACCCACCUUCCGGGAAAACCGACGAUAAAAUAGCCACACUCUUGAGCGCCAAAAUGGGAGACGACGGUAAAGGUGCUCGUGUCUUCAUACCUCAUCGAGAAUCAUACGAUCAGUCUACUUUCGCAUAUGUCGCCUACUGUUGGGUGCAUGUUUUCUCGCAGCAUGAAGUCAAAUUUGAUACGACAUUGACGGAGGUGGUUCCAGAACGGUUCAAAGCGUUACAAAAGGAGAUGCUGGCAUUGGGUGAAGAAAAGUGUGAAGAAGCGGAGAAGAUUGGACUACAUGUGGUGUUUACGGAGAAUAGAAGUUGGUUUCCUGAGAUGUCCUCACCAUUUGAAGAGGGGCCUGUCGAAUGUUGUCAAUGUGGAAAGACUUUCGAGAGUUUCGCUCUAAAGCAACUCCAUCGAAGGGAGGCCCACGAAUCAACUGAAGGGGUUCAUUUACUCCCUGAAAUCUAACGCGGAAAAUUCCGUUCAUACAUCGGAUCAACCAGACCCACGCACCAAGGAUACCAAUGGGAUGUUUUGCGUUUUUCAAUUUCUAGGUUGUGUCCAUUCUUCAGAUAGCUAUAGCAUUCGCGUACAUGAUUCAUAUCAAC